AUGCCACAAUCUGCGACGAACUCUCGUCAACGCUACCAGGAUGAAGAAAACUCAUCCAAGAGCGGGCUCCGGGCACUUUUACCACCUCUCAACUUCAUAACACUGCAUUAUGCCUACUUCAUCGGCACAACCCUCCUCGCAUCGGCAAUCUUCUACGCCUCGUCAAAUCCACACGGCAGCAUCAGCUAUGUCGACUCGCUUUUCCUCGUCAUCUCCGCCAUGACGGAAGCCGGACUCAACACGGUCAACCUCAGCGAGAUGACUGUGUGGCAACAGGUGAUGCUAUGGCUGCUUAUCAUUAUCGGCAGUUCUGUCUGGGUAUCGAUAUGGACGGUCGUGGCGAGGAAGCAUGUCUUUGAAAAGAGCCUGCGGGUGGUCGCUCGUGCCCAAAAAGAAGGCAGCCGGCAUGAUGGGAGCCUGCCAGUGUCCAAUAACAGUAUUGCUGCAGCUCAAGGGAAAGGAGCUGCGAGCGGCACCGGCUUGAUUGACGUAGAGACAUCACCUCAACCUCGAACCGUGGGUAAUCACAUUACCAUCGAGACCACCGGAAACAUCAGCCGGCGUUCAACACCUUCGACCCUUUCAAACAAGACACCUACUCGGCCUUGGCUGUCCUUCCUCGGCGCUUCUAAAGAGGGCCGCAACUCCCAAUUCCACUCCCUUACGGGGCCCGAACGCUCUCGUCUAGGAGGCCUCGAAUACCGGGCCCUUCACCUGUUGUCCAUCGUGGUCCCACUAUAUUCAGUGCUCUGGCAAGUACUAGGAAGUCUUGCUCUCGGAGCCUGGAUCGCGAACAACAUGCCUAUAGUCGCAACAUCUAACGGUGCAAAUCCGUGGUGGGCAGGCAUAUUCUUCGCUGUCUCAGCAUUCAACAACUCGGGGAUGUCAUUGCUGGACGCUAACGUAGUGCCCUUCCAGCAGGCAUAUUUCGUGCUCAUAACCAUGGGCUUACUCAUCCUCGCGGGCAACACGGCAUAUCCGCUGUUUCUGAGACUUAUCUUCUGGGCAGCAUUGAAAAUACUUCGUGCGACGACAGCCGAGGGAAAAUUGGCCGAGCUGAAGAGCACAUUGGAGUUCAUCCUGAAGUACCCGCGUCGAGUUUACACCAAUCUUUUCCCAUCACGGCCGACGUGGUGGCUCCUAUUCAUGGUCCUCAUGACGAAUGGUAUUGACUGGAUGGCAUUUGAGAUUGAAGCUAUUCCUGCUGGGGCUAGAGUGCUGGACGGUUUAUUCCAAGCGUUAGCUGUCCGCUCUGGAGGUUUCUACGUAAUCCCAAUAGCCUCCGCCUAUCCGGGGCUGCAGGUACUGUAUGUCAUCAUGAUGUACAUCUCCGUGUAUCCCGUGGUGAUCACUAUGCGGCACUCCAACGUCUACGAAGAGCGGUCUCUAGGGAUCUAUGACGACGAUGAACCAUCUCCAGUCUCUUCCCACCCGGGCGCGAAAAUAGCUCAAAGCAGCACCGGUAUUUUGACACACUUUCUACGCGAGAAUCUAAGCUUUGCUGGUGUUGGUGCUGCUAAAACCGAGAAGAGAGGCAGCGGGUUUGAAACUCGAAUGAGUUUCGUGAACCAGCAAAUCCGUGGUCAACUAGCACACGAUCUGUGGCUUCUCGCACUGGCUGUUCUCAUUAUCGUAACGAUAGAGACGUCACACUUUCUGGAAGAUCCGGUGCACUUUUCGGUUUUUAAUGUCAUAUUUGAAGUGGUUUCGGGCUACGGCUGUGUUGGUAUAUCUGUUGGGCUUCCUAAAGAUGCCAUGAGUUUCUCUGGAGGAUGGCAUCCCGGGAGCAAACUAGUCUUAUGUCUCGUCAUGUUGAGAGGGCGUCAUCGAGGUUUACCUGUGGCUCUGGACAGGGCUGUGCGAUUGCCUGGACAGAGGCUGCUGGAGGAGGAAGAGGAAGAUUGGAGACUGAGAGGGGCUAGGACCAGACAUGAAGCGGCGUGA